AUUUGACAAUUAAAACCAGCGAGGUUAUGUUUCGCAAUCGCUGGAUUUUUCCGUAAAAAAAUACAAAAUUGUAUAAAAAUGUCGUAAUAAUUAUUACUUACUUACAUACCAAAACUACGUUCCACCAAUCACCCCAUAUCUAUAGCAUGACGACGGUGCGUUUCAGAUUUUUCCUCAGAGAUGUACAUGUAAGAAAAUUUUGGAAAGCAUGGACCCGGAGUUAUUUAGUAAACACCGUAGUUCGUCGGUUCAGAGGAGACAAAAGUGUCCGCGAUGUGUUACAGUGUUUCAAGCAAGUUAUUCUUCGACCUCGCCGAACGUUCAUCCUGUCUGCUACAGCCAUUUGUAAAGGCCGGGACUCAUUUCCUUGUGACCAAGGCAUUACCGAUAGUGAAAUACAGUUGCUCCAGAAGGAUGUUGACAAUGUCCAGAGUUUAAUGAAAGCAACACUUUUCUGUACGAGUUGUGGAAAGCGUCUUCUUAUUGAUAAGAAACAUGCUGGCAUUUCAUAUUGUGUAUGUAAGGAGUCAAAACCAGAGAAAAAGUCGGUCGAUGGCUGGUUUCCGUUUCUUGAAACAGAGGAAGUUAUAAUAUGGCGGAAGGAAUAUAAGGCCGGCCAAGGAUUAUAUGCUUAUAAAGUAUAUGGACGCUACAAGGAUGUGUUGGCUAGUGAUUUCGCGGCCGUGCAGAUAGAUGGCGCUUAUCGCAAAGCUUGGGACAAUGCGGUCGCCUCGCUGUCGGUUGUCAAACGCGGAGCGAUGGGCGUACCCGAUCAAGCUGUGUUACACUGGGAAGUCCUCUGGCCGCGACUGUUUGCAAACAGAGACUAUGUAUACCUUCGUCGACAUAAGCAGUUCGAUCAAAGUGAGACGGCAAGUGGCAGUAGUGAGGAUAACUCCUUGGAGGGUGGUCGAGACAACAACAGAACCUAUGUGAUAGUGUCGAAGAGUUGUGAGCAUCCAGACGUCCCGGAGACAAGGAAUGCUAUCCGAGUGGUUGAGUACUGGAGUCACAUGGUAGUGAGGUCUACCAGUGGUGUAACUAAGCCUGGAAUGGAGUUUGUCCUCACAUAUUACGACGAGCCAGCAGUGGGGGGGUUACCAGGGGGAGUGGCCGCGUGGGCCUCCAGUAGAGCAGCACCGGAUUAUCUGGACAAGAUGAAAAUAGCCGCUGUUCAAUACAAGCAGUGGGCGAAGAGACAUACACAGGAGCUUCCAGACUUCACACCGUUCGGGCCGGAUCAAGUUAGUUACGAUAUAAGAAAUAUUCAGAUAAAAGAAGAAGAUAUGGAGUCAUCUAAACUUGGACCUGAAUUAAACGGUGCUGAAAAAAAUGAUAAGGCAACACAAACUGAUCUAUCCAUAAUAAACGUAUCUAAAGAUGACACAGAGUAUGUUAUAAGAGACCUGAUUAAAGAGAAAGAUGAGAAAACAGAAGUGGACGUAGAUGAAGAACACGGAACAGAAGCUAAGGAAGAUAAGUCAAAGGGAAGUAAUGCAGGGAGGAAGGAUAGCGGGAACGUGGAUAAUAAUGAAAUAGAAAAUGGCGAUGAUGAAAAAAAUAAAGAAAUUGAUGAAACCAAAGAUAUGGGUGCGCCCACUUUUGAUGCAGAUAAGAAAUUGGAUGAAGAGCUAACCCCAGUUCCCGUAAGUAACGGCGAGUCGGAGCCCGAAAACGGAAGCUGGUGGAGAUAUUUAUACCCGUUCUACUACUUUUUAUAGAAUAGUGUAUAUGUGGGUAUUUAUAAAUUCAGUUAGCCAAUGAACUGUUACCAUGUGAUAUCCCAAAAUUCUGGUUUGAAAUGCAGGUUUAAGGGCAUACUUUCAAAAGGUAAUUUUUCCCAAUUAUCAUUUCGGAAAAAGGCAUGCGUGAUGGUAUGUAGGCAACCAUUUAGGGGGCGUCCGCUUUGUGAGACAUUUUUGAGAUUUUUCGACCCCCCCUGGUAAGAUAUCGUAAGAUUUUCCUCAACUCCUCCGCCCCUUAAUCUCGUCCUUCAAAAUUUAGGUUUUGACUGUAAACGUGUUGGAUUAUUGUGAAAACAAAAACACAACUUGCUCUAUUUUUUUUUAUUGAGGACUAGCAGAUAAUUACUAUUUAUUUAUUAUUUAACACUGUUUUCUGCUAGAAAAUUAUUUACGUGAUAUUUGCCAAGAUCCCCCCCAGCCUCCCUAAGUGAGGUUUGAAAAGAUUUAGCUUGGUUCCUUCCCCUCGUAGAACACCUUACUUAAAUAAUGGACGCCCCCUUAUAACCGACCAAACAACAUGAUUUUUUACUAUAUUAUUUAAAAAUAUUAUAGAUUAAUAAGAUUUAUCAAUAGAAAAGAAACUCAAAAUGCUUUACAAGAAAAUAUUUACUAUAAGUUAUUUCUUAUAUAUCCUGGUCUUAAGUAAAAGCAGUAAGCCACGCCUAUACAGUAUCAAUGCAUUUUGAAUGUAUGCCCAUAAUAUGUGAAUUUAAAAGUAUGAUGCAAAAUAAUUGACUUACCGUCCUUACAACUUCGCUGAUAACAAUUUAUAGUCAAUUUCCUAUGAACCAAUUGUUUAAGAGAUUAAAUUAUUCCUAACGUUUUAAUAAGUUUGAUUGUAUAUUUAGAAAUGGGUUAGAAAUAAGGUUGCAAUAAGAAGUAUCUAUGCAUAAUAACUAUAUUUAGUUUGGUUGUUGAAUUUAAAUAUAUAAGUAGAAUAGAUAUAUAUUUGUUUUUCAUAGGGAGUGACAAUAACGCAGCAGUUUGGGUACCUAAAUUGAAUCGCUAAAAUUCGUACCAUGAAGUGCCUUUUACUGAAUGGCGUUUGGAUCGCUUAUGAAGAAUGAACGAAAUAAAUUUGUCUGUGGUCCGCGGUGUGAGAAAGAGAUGACGCUCUACAGUCGUUGCAUAAGUUUGUCUCUCUUACUCGAACCAUAUGCAUUGCGUUUCGAAACCUAAAAUGAUAUGAAUUUAGCGGUUUUUUUUUGCAUAAAAUACUAAAACUACAUUUUAAAAUUGCGCUUUAUAGCGUCAAAUUGUAAACCAUUAAGCCCUUUUUUGUAGUUAUUAAAUAAUAAUAAUAUAAAUAAAUAUAGUUCUUUGAAUUACAAAUUAAAUGUUUGCUUAGGUGUUUUCGUAAAAAUAACGAGUUGUGAACGCACCUCCAUUAAUGUUUGAUUUGACAGGAGCACAGAGUACAUUUUUUUUAUUUCGUUCUUGCGAACAGGCUAUAGCCCGGGCCCUUACUGCCUCGUCUUUAGUAUUUUCGGUAUUUAUUUUCAGUAUUUUGUUUUACCAAAAAGUCGACUCAUCUUUCAUCAAUAAAAUUUUCCUUUGCUCUAUGUUUUUACUAUUUUUUUGAAAGUUAUUAACAACACGUUUCACUUUCCUCUAAGGAAGUAGCAACUUUUUUCUAAUCGCUAACUUUGACACAAGCUAUCCAAUUUAGGUUGAAAUAUUACCUCAUGGUACGAAUGAAUGGACGAACUAAAACAGUUUGCGAUUCAAUCGACAUCAUUUUUGACAUUCAAUUGACAUAAUUUCAAUUUAAUCAGUUGAUUUGACGUCAACCUAAAUUAGAUAGCUCUAAUCACGUCGUGGUACGAAAUAGCAAAGCAGUUCAUUUUAGGUUGUCUAUUGAAUCGCAAUAAGAGUUCAUGGUAGGCCCGCAGUUCGUAAAGGGGGAGUUCGUAGCAGUUCUAUGAUAUGAGGAGAAGAACUGAUGAGGAACUCUCAGCCCUUCUUUUAAAUCAAAUAACAACUUAGCCUUUUUGAUAUAAUAUUAUAGGUACUUUAGGUGGCCUGCGCAGAAUCAGUCAAAAAUAAUCUUUAAAUUAAGGUUUCUUUGUCAAAGAAGCUUUAAUAUAUUUAUUGAAUUUGUGCUCAGUGAGUCCUAAGUACACUGUCUGGUAUUUUAUUGUAAAAUUGAAUACCAUGACCUUAGUAUUCUCUUUGACUAACGCGAAUUUUACACAUUUAAAUAAAACACUUUUAAAGGAUUAAAACGCGUGUAAUUGUAACCGUUUUACAUUAGAUGUUUGCGUAAAAGUUACAUAUUUAUUUUAGUUAACCCGACGUUUCCAGAUCUCGUUUUCAGGGGAACUGCAGAUGAAGUGAGUCAAAUAUAGUAUUUGUCAUAGUUGUCAUUAUGAAGUUUAGCCCCAUUUAUUUCCUCGGAGGUGGUAUUUGCUGUAUACAGAUGGUUUUUGGCAAAAUUUACUGACAGUGUCUUCUUCUUUUUUGGUAUGUGUAGUUAUGGUUUUGACAACCCAUAACUACACCACAUGCACCUACACACCAAAGUAUUUUGUUUUUACCUGAAAUAGGACAUUUUGGAUGUGCUGUUAUUUGAACAGUUUUUCACUGAACACUUUGUCUUUGCAUGGCGUUGUAUUCAAAGCGCGGUCGAAACACGACUGAACUUAAACUGCCUAAUAGACGCGUAGCAGCUUUUGCGUCAGACAAGUUUUGAGCGUGAUUGUGAGUCUUGUUGUUUAUUGUACGUCAAUGGUGACUAGCGUAUAGACAAACUGACAGGACGAUAAUGCAUGACCAAUUAUGAUUUCAUAUUGUGUUAACUAGUGGUUUAACAGCUAAUGUCUUUUAAAACAGUGGCUGACUGUUUACGAUUUGUCAAUCAAUUUCGGUUACAAUAACAAUAGAUUCGCUUACCUUUUCUGUCUUUUUGUAUCUGAUAGAUGGUCUCUCUCUCGUACGCUCUGUUUGGCUAUACGCUAGUAUAUAUUAUACUGCAGUCUCCGUAUAUGUUGAUACAAUUAAAAAUGAAUAUAUACACAGUUAUUUUAAAAUUAUCAAAAAUCUGGUUAGUCUUUUUAUGAAAACCAUAUUAAAUAUUCACACAAAUGUCAUUGACAAAUUUCGUACAAUUCACAAUGUCAUUCAUACAUCGCUAGUUCCUAGCCCCGCGCGCCUCAAUCCCCGCCGUGUUUUGGUCGCCGUCGUCGAUUGUAUUUUGAAAAGUUCAAUAUGCAGUAAUUCUGUUACUGUAGUAUGUUGUUAUGUAAUAUGUAAAUUUAUUGAAGUAGGCGUUACUUUGCUGAAAUCCAUAAUUAUACAAAUGAUUUAAGUGUUCUAUAGUGCUAAUUCCGCCAAUAUUUGUUUUUAAACAAUUCGACACGUGUUUCGCCUCUACAUGAGGCAUCCUCAGGACGUGUGUGAAAAUCUGGCACGAGACUCGAGACAACUAUAUUAAACCAUUCGUAUAUGUAAUAUGUUGUAGUAGCAGUACAAAAAAGCUGACUGUAUAUUUAAAAGCUCGACGGAUAGGUGGCCGUAAAGUUUUUGAAAGGCGUCCACGUUAGCAAGACGCAGUGUUGGUAAGCCCCCCAUAAGAUAUAGCAAUGAUCUGGUCAAGAUCGGAAUACGUUGGAUGAGAGCAGCGCAGGACCGUGUCGUGGAGAUCUUUGGGGGAAGUGUUUUUCCAGCAGUGGAGGUCUUCCAUCUAAAAUGAUGUUGAUUUUAGUUUCCACAAACAUAUUGUUUCAUCUUAUAGAGAUAACGAUCACUUAGAGUAAAAUUUCACAAUUAUUAUUAUUUUAUUUUGUUAUAUAAUGUUCUGAAUAUAAAAAAAAUCUUAUUGUUAUUAAACUCGGUGUGAAGUUUUUUAAUUAUUUAAGAGCGGGAUGGGAGUGGUGAGGCAACCGCCAAUGAACAUCCGCAAGAACAGGUAUCAAGAGAUGCGUUGCCGGGAUUUAAGGUGGGAGUAUGCUCUUUUCUUGAAGGCCCCUAAGUCGUAUCGGUUCGGGAACAGCAGCCGGUAAUUGAUUCCACAAAGUGGCUGUGCGAGGCAAGAAAUUUCUUGAAAACGCGUUUUGACGUAAAGUCCAAACUUAAACAGCUCCUCUGAGCCCUCUAAUAAAUGCGGUAGAAGAUGCAGAGAGAACCCCCAUCUCUCGCAACGCCAAAGAAUCAAGCCUAUCGGAGAUGACUUGAUCGUCGAUGAUUCGAGCCGCUUUCUUCUUUCACUUGGAAGGGUGUGUGCCUGUGUUAUUAAAGAAAGGUAUUAUAUUAUUGUCUUAACUUCUGUCUUACUGUACCUCCGUUAGAGAUGUUCGUCUCUCUCGCUUUGUUUGUUUAUACGUUAGUAUAUUGUGUCUAUAUGGGCAUAACGUUAUGCUUUAAGCCAUACUGUGACGUGUUACGUCAGUUUUCAAAAUUAUCGUUUAACAAAGAAAACAUUUUUACACCUAAAAAAAUUGUGCGCCAUCUGUUAUUAAUUUCUGAAACUACAUUCGAAUGAAAUUAGGUAUUACUAUGUAAUCUAAAAAAUAAUUUAUUUAAUUUAAGGCCAAAAUUAGUUCGACUAGUCAGUAAGACAAAUUUGUAGGUAUUUUAGGACAUAUUCAAUGCAAUUAUCAUAAUGUUAUUAGUUAUACAGUCUCAAAAUAUAAUGAAAAAUUGUUUUCUAGUACGAAAUUAUAAGCCACCAUCUACAUGAAAUUCUGCGGGAUAAAUGCGGGAAAAUCAGCUGGGCCAUGGACUCGUUUUAACACUAAUGCCUGUAAAAUAACCAUAUGAGGCACCUUCCAUAAAUUGUAUCACAGGUGUGACACUGUGUGACAUGGCGCCCCAAAUUGUGUGACAUUAAAAAAAAAUUGUCUUUGUUCGAUUUAAUGUUUAUUCUAUUGAAAAAGGAUUUAAAUGGAAACUAAAAUAAUUUCGGAACACUGCCGUUUUAAUUCAAAAAAUCUCUAUGUGAAAUUACGGAAUAUGUGACAUUACUACUAGGUAGGGGGUCUCACAGAUUAGAAUGGUAGCAUUAUAAUCGUGGACUAAACCUCUAUCAAUUAUAAUAUUUUUACCUCAUAAUUCGUGCUAUAGUGCCUCAUAAUGCUGCCCGGGAUUCUAAGUUUUAACCUUCCUGUUUCCUGUAACACAUUUCCGUCUCUUUUCACGAAAUCCCUUUCACAAAUAGAGUGUGUGUACUUAUGUAGCACGCAAAAAGUUAUAUUUUCUUUGGCGUAAGAAAUGAAAAAUCCUUAAAAGUUUUUAUUAUUAGUUUACGUUGGUAGAAAGAACAAUAUUGUAAUAAAAAAGGCAUUAAAUACAACCAAUAAAAAUAUUAUUACACCGCAUAAUUUACUUGAAUAAUGUUUAUUUAAAUAUAAUUAAAUUAUUGUAAUACAAUUAGGAAGAAAGAUUUUUUUAUUUUUAUUUUACAACUUAUGCAUUUUAAAUUUAUUUACAUGUUGUCCGUUGGUUGUUGUUAAGUAGACAUAUAAGUUACAGAAGGCUUAUGAGGUAGUUGAAGUAUGAUGCAAAUGGUGUAGUUGACCAGGUAACGUCAGGGGUUCGAAUUUGCGUGACGGUGUGCGCGCGCAUUUCCCUAACGCGCCAAACGAAGUAUAACUUCAUUUAGUAACCGAGAGGACAGCUGUUACACAUCAAUAAUUUGUGACUGAGAGUCAACAGUAAUUCGUGGGUGUAAUGUAUAUAUUAGCCAUCGCUCCCCUCGUCAAUAUUUUAGGCAAACGAAAGAACAGUCAAGUGCCAUAAACAGUACUCUUUUUUAAUAUUAAAAAUACAUGUUUACAUUUUAGACUAACGGCCUUAUAAAUAAACUUGGUAUAAACUUAUAACUGAUGAUAAACAAAGAAAAUGCAAAAUGUUUACGAUAUCGUUGACAACACUGUCAAUACAAUGAUAAUUCUGAAGUUUUCUGAAUGACAAACUGCCAUGCAAAUAAACGCGGGAAACGUUAUACGUCCGAACAAACCAUUCGUAAGCAGAACGUCUAUUUGUAAACAUUUUACAUAUUCUUGGUUUAUGCUUACUUAUAACAUUAUGCCAAUUUUAUUUGUAAGGCCGUAAGAGUUCAGAAUUUACCUCAAAACUAGAAAAAUAUUAGUUUUAGGCGUUCACACUGUAUAGCUAUGUACAAACGUUGUUAAUUAUAUUUACAGAUGUAAAUAAAUGUUAUCUAUAAA